CAUUCAAUAUUUCAGUUUAAUAGAUAGUAGAAUAGUAAUAGUAGAAUAUGUACGUUCUGUAGUAACUAGUAAGUUCCUAUCUCUAUAUUCACUAAGUUCUGAUUAAUCAUUUAUACGUUAUUCAUAAAUUCAUAAUCCACUAUUCAAGAGUCUAGGCUCCGAUAAAUUUUUCACUGUAGAUUUCAUGUCUCGUAUUCUGUCAGAACAGUACUACAGCGAGUGUCAUCUCUAGUAAUUUAUAUUCCUCCGCUUUCUUAAUUCUUGAUAAUAAUAUACUGAAUAAUGAAUACAUAGUUGUAUGUAUUUUAUUAUCACUUUACUUAAGUUACGAAUAAAAAUUGUUUCAGACACCAGACACAUUACUAGGUAGUAUUAGUCAAUAUCCAAAGCAUAAUGGUGAAAAUCUCACUACAAUUAAAAGCAAACUUAGAAAAUGUAACCGAACUUACACCUGACGGAGAAGAUUUUCGAUGGUAUUUAAAAUUUCGAUGUACAAAUUGUGGAGAAGAGUCCGACAAAUGGAUAUACUUAUCUCAAGAUGUAACUGUUCCAAUGAAAGGAAGUAGAGGUCAAGCAAAUUUAGUUACAAAGUGCAAAAUGUGUUCAAGAGACAGUUCAUUAGAUAUUUUACCAGACACUAUUUCAAAGUAUACAAUAGAAGAUUCAAAUAAAUUUAAAAGUAUUGUAACAUUUGAUUGUCGGGGUAUAUCAAUUAUUGACUUUUCGCCUAGAAAUGGAUUUAAGUGUAUUGGAAUUGAAACCAAUACCAAAUUUGAAGAUAUUAAUCUAGAAGAAAAAGAAUGGGUUGAUUAUGAUGAAAGACAGAACCAACCUGUUGGGAUUUAUGAUGUCCAACAUCAGUUUGUAACCACCAAAUAAUUUUUUUGUUGACAUGAAUCAUAAUUUAGAAAUAAAUUUAAUAUUAAUAUAAUUGUGUUAAAAACUAAAUAA